AUGCCUUCAUAUAGCCCCCUCAAAACAGAAGAAGCCAAUGCGGCGAGUUGGGAAUCAGCCAAAGGCGCCGGUAUAGGAGCAGCGAAAUGGGGCGCAGGCGCUGCUGUUCUGGCUGCUGUAGGCCAUUUCUGGUCGCCAAUCUACCGAGGCACCACGGUGCAGUUCAAAGUAUUCGUGCAAAUGUCUGCCAUGGUGCUCGGCGGCAUGAUUGAGGCCGAUCACCGUUUGCGCCUCUACGAGUACCAGAUGCGCAUGCAAAGGCGCGUUCAAAGGGAGCAGGCAAAGUGGGAGCGCUAUCAGGACGAGUUCAUCCAGGCAAAUAGCAGCAAAAAAUAA